CCGCGCCUCCUCCUGCUCCUCCCCGCGGCGCCCGCAGUCUCCCUGGGCUCCCCGGAGCGCUCCCGCCGUGCCCCACAAGGACACUGCCGCCUGCCCGCCAACCCGAUGGCGUCCGCUACUGCCGUGCCUGUAGGAUUCCACUAUGAAACCAAGUACGUAGUGCUCAGCUACCUGGGGCUCUUGGCACAGGAGAAGCCGCAGGAGCAUCCUCCUCCUCCUCCAGCUCAAGGGACUCAACAACAGCUUAUGGCCCAACAUGCUCUGGAGAAAGAGGCUUUAGAGAAGAUUAAAGUAGAAAUCGAGGAGGAGCUAAAACGUCUCGAUGAAGAAAUCUUGGAAGCAUUUACCACUACAGGAUUUGACUGCCACACUUCCCCAGUGUUCAGCCCUGCCAAUCCAGAGAGCUCCAUAGAAGACUGCCUGGCUCAUCUGGGGGAGAAAGUGUCCCAGGAGUUGAAGGAACACCUGCACAAAGCACUACAGACCUUGCUUAGCAAGCCGGUGACAUAUCAAGAAUAUCGAGAGCGCACACAAGAGGCAGCCGCUCAUGCCAGUGGGUGGAACAAGGUCUUGGUGCCCCUGGUUCUGUUACAACAGUUUCUGAUGGAGUUAACCAGACGGGGCCAGGAACCACUGAGUGCCCUUGUGAACUUCGGGGUGACAUAUCUAGAAGACUAUUCUGCAGACUAUAUCAUUCAACAGGGAGGAUGGGGGACAGUCUUUACGUUGGAAUCCGAAGAGGAAGAGUACCCCGGGCUCAUCGCGGAGGACAGUAAUGACAUCUACAUCCUGACCAGUGACAACUCAGGCCAGGUGAGCCCCCCAGAGUCCCCCACGGUGACCACGUCGUGGCAGUCGGAGAGCCUGCCCGUCUCCCUGUCGGCGAGUCAGAGCUGGCACACGGAGAGCCUGCCAGUCUCCCUGGGACCCGAGUCCUGGCAGCAAGUGGCUAUGGAUCCCGAAGAAGUCAAAAGCCUGGACAGCAACGGAGGGGGCGAAGAGAGGAGUGAGAACAACUCUUCCAACUCCGACAUUGUUCACGUGGAGAAGGAAGAGAUACCGGAGGGGAUUGAGGAAGCAGGGGUGGCGGCUGGCGCUGCAGAGACCAUGCAGGCGGCGUUUCCAGAAACCUCUGCUUCUCUACAGGAAGCAAAACCUCCAGCUGAAGUUGCUGCUGUUGAAAAAGCACAUCCCUCUGCACUUCUGCGUGCAAAACAGGAGGAAAAGGGAAAAGCGGCCGAAGAGCUUGUUGAACCUGAAAUCCCCGUACUAAGUAAACCUGUCCCAAAGUUAGCCCCGUCAGAAGAAAAGGCUGCACCAGAACCUGAGAAAAUACUGCUUCCAGGGGAAAAAAAAGUGGGGAAAGAGGGCCAUUUGGAAGAAGCGGAAGAGAAAUCCUCGGCUGCCGAGGAGAAGCCUAUCCUAUUGCCGGAAGGGAAGUCGAUACUGCUGUACGGCGGGGCUGCUGCCGUGGCUAUAUUGGCUGUAGCAGUCGGAGUAGCGCUGGCGCUUAGGAAAAAGUAACGGAGCUCUCUUGAGGAGGAGGGGGGAGAGACAAGAGAGCACCAUCCAGUUUUUUGUAGUUGUGUUACCUAAAGGUCGAGCUGCCUGCUGUUUAAUUGGACAUUCGAGUAACUUAAUGGUGAUGGGGUGAGGUUGUUCAAUAAGCCUCCAGCUACGGACAAUCAUGUUUUUAGUAGAAUCGGGGUGGGGACUGGUUUUUCGUGAUUAAAGUACUGGGGUAUUUUUAAAAAAAAAAAACAACAAAAAAAUUCUGCAAAUUUAAGAACUUAAGUGCAGGUGCUGAAGAAAGGGGUGCUCAUACUCUAGGAACUGGAACAGAGAAUCCCCAGGGGAAGGGGAGAGCCAGCUGCUGCCAACCCCUGGAGUUUUUGGCUUCUCAGACUGACCGCUAUUGCAGCUGUGCUGUCUUGUCACUUCCCGUCGCGCCCCAGAGCCCUUCCUAACAACCAUUAGCCAACCUGAGUCCUGUAGCGAGAGGCUGGUCUCCCUUUUGUCUCGGCUUCCUCUCAGGUACAGCACUGCUCCUCAUAACCUUCCAGGUUCCUCCUAAGCCCCGGUGGGACAGUGCUUUUUUUUACCUCUUGGCUCACACUGGUUUUGGCCCCUAACGUUUACUGGAGCCCCAUCCUGUGAAGAUGCUGCCUCUCUAUUGCUGUAUUAUCUCUGAGCAUCCUGGUGUUCCUGGGGUAGAGGUGCUGCCCAGGAGGGUGGGAGGGACACUGCUGGUUUGAGAACCCAUUUGCUUUCCUCCUGCCCGGCCCACUUACUGCGACCCCUCAGUUACCAGAGGUGCAAAAUUCAUGCUGGACACGGUGCCGCUUGGAUCAGUGCUCUCCUCUCCGGGGUACGGUCAGUGGUAAAUGCUCUGCUGUCCUGUGUCACGCCGCAGUCUGCAUUGUCUUUCCCAAGUUAAGCACAGAGUGUAUUUAGUCCUAACUUGGUCUUGCCUGUGACAGAAUCCCAGAUAUAUAAAGCAAUGGAUUCUAGUGAGCAAAAGAACAUUAAACAUCUCCUCUAUCUGCUUGUUCCUGACCUGACCCGGAGCGCUGGUCAGUGCGAUUUCUUUUGCGGCAAUGAAUCUGUAAUCAGCUAAACUUACAGGUUCACGAGUGCUGAGAAAAGUUACUUGGGCAAAAAGGAAACCCCUUUUCCUGCAGCCACACCACUUCGGGCGUGUGCAGAGAGAAACGUUUGAAGUAUUGCCAUGCUCUUUAGUCAGAUCCAGCUACAAGCGUUCCUCUUUCAGCAUGUUUGUGUGUCUGUCCAUGUCCACUGCAGCUCUGUGGGCAAGACCUUGGGCUUUCCAGGCAGAACUAUGGAUGCAUCUCCUAGGGUUGGCACUGUGGCUUAGAUCAGCUGGAGGGAGGUGAAAGGGAACUCGUGAUAAUGUAGAAACCGAAACGUGAGCUUACGGGAAUCUUACUCUUCACAAAGCACAAAGACAAGGUACUUUUAUUUCUAAAUAACCUUAUCUAGGGUACAUCUCCUGAUGAGCCUCUUUCUUGAGGGAUCUCAGAAUGAAGAGAUUUUAGCAUAUUCUCUAUUUUAGGAUAUUCUUGCUGCAUUUUCCUAUCCCAAGAUGCUGGAAAGUUAGUCAGAGCGUGUCAGAUUCUGAGGAAUUAUUUUUGUUUAAGCUUUUGUGAGAAUGGAUUUUCUAGAAAACGUACUGGAUUUUGUGUGUGUGAAGUUAAGAGGAAGGGUUGUCAUGUAUGUGCUGCCACUGUGGACUGAACUCGGGAGCUGUGGAGUUCCAGACUUUACUGUUGAUCACUGAUGGCUCUUUUUCUGUAUACAAAACUUAGUAGUUUGGCCUUAACAGAAAAAACCAAAACCCUUUAUCAUAUUGCAAAGUGGAAUUGACUUUUUUUACCAUUUCCUGGUAGUCUCAUUGCUGUGCUUUCCUGCCUGGUCAGUUGGGAUGGGGCUGCCCCUCUCCUGCUGCUUUGCUGAUGGCUUUGGGUUCUUCUCUGGGAACGUUCUCUGUGGGAAAAGGGCUGUUCUGAACCUGACCUACAUCCUCUCCUACUGAAGAUGCUGAGCUUACAUCUGGGACAUCCCCAGCUGUAGGCACACAGUGGGUUACUCUAAAGCAGAGAUGGAUCCUGUGGACAAUGGAUAAUUUGUGGAUCAAGGGGGGGUGCAGGCAGGGCUGGUUUUCCUUUAACUCUUCUCUGGAUGUGGUUGUUUCAGUGUUAGUGUGGGAGAUCAGUAGAGGACAGACAAGAAUAAAUCCAGGCUGGCUAGGGAAGAAGUCCCUAACUUGUUGGCACAAGGAGCCCAGCAGGGCAUUAAAUAGAAAGCGUCUUCUUCCACACAGCAGUGAGAAGGUGGCAGCAGGAGUGAGGAGAAUAAGUGACCGUGUUAAGCAUUUUCACAGUCAGGCAAAAGUCUUGAGUAUCUGGUGUGUUGCUACAUUUAAUGGAGCAGCAGCUGCACUGUAUGUUUUUGCUUGGUCCUUCCUCUAGAAUAUUCUUCUCCUCUAAGGGUCUUUCAGAUUUGACAAGUCAGCAAGAAUUUGUACCCUCCUCUCCCCCACCCCACUGCCCACAUGUUCAGAACAUUUAUUGUGAGUCUCUUUCCUCUGGGAACACUCCAUUAGUU